AUGUCUACCGAGUGGUCUCUAGAUUUCUGCCUGGCCUGUGACCGUCAAACAUCCGGCGGUCCCUACUGCUCUCAAACAUGCAGACUCGCUGAACUGGAUCGUCCUGAAGAUUCUUCAUCUUCAUCUACAUCUCCUCGACCAGCCAGUGGCCCCUCUCAUUCGAGGUCAUCUACCCUUGACUCGACUCGAUCAUCUCGAAGUCUGUCAGCAUCAUCCUCUCAAACCUCUCUUUCCUCCUUGAAAAGUCACACCUCCGAUACCACCAUUUCCGAUCAUCUUCAAGAUGAGCUACGCGACUAUGCGAGUUCCUUUGAUCCCGUGCGAGAUUUAAAGCGACGCUUGACUACUACUUAA